AUGACACUCUUCGUCCGAUUGUCCUACCAUUUCUACAACAUCUGCCUCGUGGUGUGUUUUAUCAGCACGACAACGCCAGAACCUACACAGCCCGUAUUGUACAGAACAUCCCUUGCAGCCAACAACGCCUUGGCCUGCACGCUCCCAAGACAUGUCCUCCAUCCCUUUGGGAUGUCAUGGGUCGUGUAUUCGACAGCGAACAUCCUCCAGCCAACCGACAAGAACCGAUCUAUACCCUUCGAGAAGAAUGGCAACAGAAUGUCUCGCAUCGGCUCCCUCACCCCACGCUCCCUCACCCCACCCACCCCCCACACUCCCUCACCCCACUCUCCACACCUCCACAACCCCUCACUCCACGCUCCCUCACCUCACACUCCCUCACCCCACACCCCAGGCUCCCUCACCCCACACUCCCUCACCUCCACACUCCCUCACCUCCACACUCCCUCACCCCCCACCUCCACACUUCCUCACCUCCACACUCCCUCAUCCCCCACUCCCUCACCUCCACACUCCCUCACCUCCACACUCCCUCACCCCCCACCUCCACACUCCCUCAUCUCACACUCCCUCACCUCCACACUCCCUCACCCCACACCCCAGGCUCCCUCACCCCACACUCCCUCACCUCCACACUCCCUCACCCCACACUCCCUCACCUCCACACUCCCUCACCUCCACACUCCCUCACCCCCCACCUCCACACUCCCUCACCUCCACACUCCCUCACCCCACACUCCCUCACCUCCACACUCCCUCACCUCCACACUCCCUCACCCCCCACCUCCACACUCCCUCACCCCCACACUCCCUCACCCCACACUCCCUCACCUCCACACUCCCUCACCUCCACACUCCCUCACCCCCCACCUCCACACUCCCUCACCUCCACACUCCCUCACCCCACACUCCCUCACCUCCACACUACCUCCUCUCCACACUCCCUCACCCCCCACCUCCACACUCCCUCACCUCCACACUCCCUCACCCCCCACCUCCACACUCCCUCACCUCACGCUCCCUCACCUCCACACUCCCUCACCUCCACACUCCCUCACCCCACACCCCCUCACCACACGCUCCCUCACCUCCACACUCCCUCACCCCACACUCCCUCACCUCCACACUCCCUCACCUCCACGCUCCCUCACCCCCCACCUCCACACUCCCUCACCUCCACACUCCCUCACCCCCUCACCCCACGCUCCCUCACCCCACGCUCCCUCACCUCCACACCCCCUCAUCCCACGCUCCCUCACCCCACACUCCCUCACCCCACACCUCCACGCUCCCUCACCCCACACUCCCUCACCUCCACACUCCCUCACCCCACACUCCCUCACAACACACUCCCUCACCCAACACCUCCACACUCCCUCAACCUACACUCCCUCACCCAACACCCACCACCUCCACACUCCCUCACUACACACUUCCUUACCCAACACCCCCACACCCAACACCUCCACACUCCCUCACUACACACUCCCUCACCCCACGCUCCCUCACCCCACACUCCCUUCCCCCCUACCCCCUUACCCAUUCAUUUCUCCUUAG